CCCCACACCCGUCCCCUAAACUCCCAGAUCAAUCGUCACCCACUUUCUCAACCUUUGAAAGCGAUCAUCUCGAAACGCUCCAAUCCCUCAGCGAACCCCUUUGGUCAUCAAAAGCGCGCUCUUGAAGACACAUCCUUGCUGAUCCGGCGGCCUCUCUUCAAAGCCACAAAGCAAAGGAGACUCGAGUGCUCAUGGCUUACAUAACUGACGCCGCUCGGUGGCGAGCGCUGGUUACUCGCGACCCAAACGCGAAUGGGCAAUUCAUCUACUCUGUCAGGUCAACACAUAUUUACUGCAGGCCGACAUGCCCUGGACGCUUAGCGCGUCGAGCAAAUGUUGGCUUUUAUAAGACCCCUUUCGAGGCAGAGACGGCAGGGUUCCGAGCUUGUAAGAGGUGCAAGCCGAACAUGGUACCGGAGGAUCCUCAAGAGCGAGCAGUAGAGAAGGCAUGCCUUCUGAUCGACGAGGCUUUCAAGAAGAACGACCCGAAGGUGUUCAGGCUGCAGGAUCUUGCGAAAAAUGUUGGCCUUACUCCACGAUACUUUCACAAGAUAUUCAAAGACAAGACGGGCAUGACCCCAAACGAGUACACGAAAGCAAAGACGGUAGAGCACGUCAGUCCGAGGGCAGCCGCAACCUCUACUGAAAGCGCCGAAACAACCGACUGGGAGACGUUCGACUUUAAUGAUCUGGUAGAUUUUGGGGCUGAUCAUAAUGCGAUCUGGACGGAUGACUUCGCCGCAGAAGCUGUUCAGGCAUCUACGACUGGCAUUGAUAUUGACAUUGAUGUGAAUAUGCUACUUCAAUCUUGGAGUGCGGGCUACGAGCCUAACAAUAUAGAUCCAAGCCUCGUCGUCAUAAACGACAUACUCUUACAGCCUUUCGAAACGACGCCUGCGCCUGGUGACCUCCACGGAGUGAAGGCGACACCAACUGUCUCAACCUUGGAGCUCGAUGCUGCUACCUUACUAUGUUGUGACAGCUGGACAGAUAUGCUGCAUGCAUAGAAUCAUAUCACUAGGAAAUCAUCGUGUUUCGACCUCC